UACCCGGUGGUCACAGGAAGAAGAGGAGGAGGAGAGGAGGCGUUCAGACCCUCAGUUGGUCAUCCCGUGAAGCAGAUAGCAGCAGCAGCCCAGAUAAUCGUAUUUUUACCGUGAAAUUGACCUGUAGGAAAGAGUUGCGAUGAUGGAGCAACAGUUAGACUGCGCUCUGGACUUGAUGCGCAGGUUGCCGCCGCAGCAGAUAGAGCGCAACCUGAGUGACCUGAUCGAUCUGGUGCCAGCGCUGUGUGAGGAACUGCUCUCCUCAGUCGACCAGCCGCUCAAGAUCGCACGGGACAAGAACAGCGGCAAAGACUACCUCCUGUGCGACUACAACAGAGAUGGAGACUCUUACAGAUCUCCUUGGAGCAACACGUACGACCCGCCCCUGGAGGACGGAGCCAUGCCCAGCGACAGGCUACGGAAGCUUGAGCUGGAUGCCAACCAAGCCUUUGACCAGUAUCGCGACAUGUACUUUGAGGGAGGCGUGUCUUCCGUGUACCUGUGGGACCUGGACCACGGCUUUGCUGGUGUGAUCCUCAUAAAGAAGGCUGGGGAUGGGAGCAAGAAAAUCAAGGGUUGUUGGGACAGCAUCCACGUGGUAGAGGUGGUUGAGAAGUCAAGUGGGCGGUCAGCACACUACAAGCUCACCUCCACUGCGAUGCUUUGGCUCCAGACCAACAAGCAGGGCUCUGGCACUAUGAACCUCGGAGGAUCACUCACAAGACAGAUGGAACAAGACUGCCCUGUAUCAGAGUCUUCCCCUCAUAUAGCCAACAUUGGACGCAUGGUAGAGGACAUGGAAAACAAGAUCCGCAACACACUUAACGAGAUAUACUUUGGAAAGACUAAGGAUAUUGUCAAUGGCCUCCGCUCCGUUCAGCCCAUCCCUGAUCAGAAGCAGCACGAUGCCUUCAGAACUGAGAUUGCAAAUGCACUUAUCAGGAGACAAGCAAAGAAAUCCUCUGAUGAAAAUAAUUAGAAUGUAAAGUUUAUAAAUAUGUUUGUGAGUAUCACAAACCAGGGUUUAGAAAGCUUAAAGUAUGAUUUUUUUUUUUUUUUUUUUUUUUUUUUUUUUUUUUUUUCUCUCUCUCAUAAAAUGGCCUAAGCCUGUUGAUGGGUAUGAAACACACUAUUUCGGGCCAGACAAGUUAGCCUUCUUCAAAGAGACUGAUGAUGCUCUGAUCUUAGCACUGAGGUCAAGCUGGGUAAUUUGUGAGUCUACAUUCCUUAUUCGAACACUACUACUGGUAGAGGGCCAUAGUGCACCUAGCUUCUUAAUGUCUCAAAGCAUAUAGAUACUAGCUUUGUGAAACUGUGAAGUGAUAAUAAUGACAUUGGAAGCCUCCAUAGUCACCAGUGUGGUCUGUUUGGAAGGAGAGAGAGACUCGCAUUUUGAGUGAAUUCCAAGGGUUGGGUUGGAAUGAAAUAGGAAAUGCUUCAUGAUGCUUGCAGUCAGUCCUAUUUUAUUUGGAUCAUUAAUGUUAUGGCAAUAUUUAAUGCUUAAAAUCAAUAUAUCCAGUUCCUGCUUGAAAAGUACCCAUAUGAUAACCUGGCUGCUUCCCAGGUGAAUUGUUUUUCCUAUUUGUUUUAAGUCAUCAGGCCAAAGAAUAAUUUUAACCUCAGAGAGCCAUAUACUCACAAGUUCAAUAAUAUUUUUUUGUUACGCAUACAUCAUCGUGCAAUUAAACAAGUAAAGGAAAGAAAAGCAAGCCUGGGUGGUCAAACGUAGGUGCUUUCUAACAGUCUGCAAUUCCAGUGCGUGUACUGUCUCCUGGCGGCUGCAAUCGCCAGUUAUAUAUGGUCCAUGUGCUGGCUGUUGACCUAUUUGUAAAGCGUUGGGGCUCCACUGUGGGGGUGCCCUGUAAUAUUUGGGGUAUGUUGUUUGUGAGGGCAUGCGUGAUUAGGUGUCUAUUCUUUUUUGCACAAUUUCCCUUUAUUUUCCAUAGUUAGUCUUUUCUCUGUGGCUCUUUAAUGUGAUGAAUUUCAUUCACAGUUACAAAAAGAGAACAGCCAUUUUUCAAUUUAACUGUUCGGUGACUUGAAAACCUCUCCUUUGACAUACGAGUGACCCUCACUUUUCCUCGAAGGUGUGAUCCGCAGUUUCUACUUUUUUAAGCCUAGUCCUCUGUCUCUCUCUUGGGCUGUAUAUUUGUCAGCGCUGGUAAGUGACAGUCACACCACCAGGGAACCCUGUAUCCUUCAGACAGCUUUAGUUAGAGUGGUUAGCUUUUGGAACAAGAGACACCUGCAUAGAAUGGAAAGGGAUCAACAGCAGGGGGGGGGAUGGGAUUGUCAUUUGUUUUUGAUAAUCAUACUCAUCAUUUUAAAUUUGCUGCUCUAGAGAUGGUUCAGUUUAAUACAGGAUAAGGAUGCAUUAUGUGAUGUGCCCAAAAUGUUUAUCAGUAACAAGAGAGUUGACCAAAGUUCCAUGGGGAAGGUUGUCACUACUCAUCAGCGCUGACAGGCUGGAAGUGUUUGGCCUCCAAUGUAUGAGGCAAGGAGGGUCUGGGCAACAAGUGCAUUGACUUAGUGUUUUUAAGCAUUUCAAGUCCGUGACAUGUUAUUUUUUCCAUUGCAAUUGUCACUGAGGACAAUUUUUCAAGGGUUUUAAAUCUUCUGUUAAUUGUUAGUCAUGGGUUAGUGAAAAUUUUAAUAGCGAACGUGCACUUCAUUAGCUUAUUAACGUAAUUAGCUUUAUCAGUAUCACACAUUGGUGGGUUGAUUUACAAGUCGGGUGUCUCCCUCACUAUUUACGGGGUAUUAAACAAUACGAGCAUGUACUGCGGUACUCUUGCCUUGAGCCUUGCUGAUUGAUACUGUAUUUAUUAUUAUCACAGGUUCUGUUUAAAGAUAUAAUAUGGAGAACUAUUGAUCAUAUCCCUGUUGUAUUUCCUUUAAGGCCAUGUGAUCAUCUCAUUGUUAUGCAUUUGCCCUGUGUGGCAGACACUAUUUUUGAUCAAAGAAUUGAUUAUACAAGUAUUUGGUA